UCGGCGUCGCGCAUUUCCGGCGCGUGGAAAUCGUGAUUGCGCUGGGCGUGGGUUAGGUUGGGUUGUUUGUAUUUAGGGCCUUGGUUUGACCUUGUACCGUUUUUUCUUCUCUAAAACCUUGCUAACCUCGAAGAGUCUAUAUCAGUGGUAGACAAAGCGAGCUGCAUUGGAAUGGGGAACAUUUAGUUGGCGUGUGAACGUGACCCAUGAAUGCGUAGGUGCGAGCCUGCAUUUCGUCUCAGUCUCUUUGAGCUGCUGUCAUGGAUGAGGGGCAGAAUUUCUGUCUCCAAUGGAACAGCUACCAGACAAGUGUCACAAGUCUCUUCAAUGACUUGAGGCGAGAUGGGGAGCUGGUCGAUGUGACUUUGUGUGCUCAAGGCCAGCAAAUCAAAGUACACAGAAUGAUGCUUUCAGCUUGCAGUCCUUACUUCAGGGAUGUUCUUAAGGGUAACCUUGGAACACAUCCAGUGUUUUUCAUGCGUGAUAUAUCAUUCAAAGACUUGUCAAACAUUGUGGAGUUUAUGUACCGAGGAAAAGUGAAUGUGGCGCAGAGUGAGCUGGGCUCCUUUCUGAAGACUGCUGAGACCCUGCAGGUCAGGGGUCUGACAGGAGAUGACGAGCCAGCACAGCCAGAGCCCCCAAAGAAAACCAAGACCUCAACCCCGUCGGCGCCGCCCCCUCCGCGGUUAUCUCCGGAGCCGCCGCGGCACCGAGCAGCGCCCCAGCCGCCGCCGCCGCCUCCCCCGCCGCCCCUGGCUGCGGCGCCGCCCUCCAAGCGGCCGCUGUCGCCGCCGCCGACCUCCUCCGGCGAGCACGCGCUGCUGACGCCCAAGCGGCCGCGCAGCGUGGACCAGCCGGCGCCGGCGGCGGCCCCGGAGGCGGCGCUGCCGCGGCCCGGCUCCGAGCCGCUCUCGGUCAAGGAGGAGCCGCUGGUGCUGGAGGACGGUGACGACUCGUACCACGGCGGUGGCGGCGAGAACAGCUCCGGCAGCGGCGGCGUUAUGCCGCUGCUCGGUGACUCGGACGCGCCGCACAUGGGCUUCCUGACAGGGACGCCCACCCAUCCUCAAGCACAUGAGUUCCAGGACGAAGAUCUAUUAGCGGCAGUCGCCGGUCCAUCGGGCUUCCCUUCACAAGACCUCUCGGAUAGUUCCACACCAGGUGGGUCACCCUCGCUCGUGUGCCGCUACUGCGGAGCCGGGUUCACAAAGGCCUCGCACCGGUCGCGCCACGAGCGAUGCGUCCACCUGCGUCAGGCUGAGCACACGUGCACCGUGUGUCACCGCGCCUUCUCCCGGCUGGACAACAUGCGUGUCCACAUGAAGAGGGUGCACGGCGUGACCCAGGACCCGUCCCGGUCGCCGGGGGCGCAGCUGGCCGGACUGUAUCAGUGAGACGGCGCCGCGACACCGCCGCCGGGAGUGCAGAGGUAGUUAGGGAGAGGAGGCGUACUCGCUCGGCCCGGCGGCCGUCAGGGACCAGGGUCUGGGGGCCAAGGAUGAGGCAUAAAGCUAAGGCCUGAGGAAGGUGCGCAGUCCAUGGCAGUGACAAAAGCGGUGAUUGACUUAUGUGACAUGACUCUGCGUUCGGUUGGUGCGGAUCAAAUUUGAAUGAGAGAUGGAUCGAUUAAACGCGGAUAAGAGGCAAAUCAGCAAUUGAUCAAAUGUGAAUCAGACCUGGAUCAGCGAUCAGUUUGGGACAUAUGAUCAAUUUGUAUGCGCACAAGAGACGUCGCGACUGGCUUGUGGCUGAUUUUGGCCCGCUGAGGUUUAUUUUACUAUGAAUCUGUAGGUAUAGAUCGCCGUGGACAACUCAUUAGGUGUAGCGAUGGGGCAAAUGUGCGAGAGAGCUUUUAAAGAAUUGCAGUCAUUUUUCGUCGCCAGACAUUGUCUUCAAGCUCAUUGCAUAUAAAACAUAUCAACCAUUGUUUGCUUAUCGUUGAGCAGUUACUGCUUUUGCUGUCUGCCUUUAGUCUUUUGUAUUGUUUUGUUUUAGCUGAAUACUUCAGAAUGAUUUUGUCACAAUUCAUUAUGCUAGUUAUAACUUAUAGCAUAUCAUCUGUAUUCGUCAGGGCUCAAUGCCAAGCGCAGCUAUUUGCGAUUUAUUCUUGAUUAACUAUAAGAUACAUUGGGAUGAUGAUUGAGUGGAACUGUGUAAAUAUGUUUGGGAGAUUCUUGGUAAUAAAAAGGGCGUUCAGUGCUUCGUAAGAUUUUUUCUUCAUUAUAUUUACCUAGUAGAUUUGACACGAGGAGAAAAAUAAUGCCUUGCUGGAGGAUUUGGUCCCAAGUCCGCGUAUGUAUUGAAACUUUGACCAAAGCUUUGUGAAGUGAGCCGUCUGGUCGGCAGCCCAUCGUUAGCGCGCUUUGGCAAUUCAUAUUGAUGCUGUGAUAGACUUUAUCCGCUUCUCCAUCCCCGGGGAGAAUGUGAUAAACAAUAUGGAAAGUCGCACGUUUCUUUUAAAAAUCAUGCUACCAAUCAUCUGAUCACGACGAACAGCUCUGCACACAACACAGUGAACGUAAGGUGCAGCACCCACCGCCAUACGUUGGAGAUUUGCUUGACGGUCGUGGGUGUUCUCCGAACGUCUACUUACAGCUUUCUCCAUAGGUGGCGCUAGUAUAAACGCCUGAAGGUAUGCUGUACCGCAUGGCUCGGAGCGGCCGUGCGGCGGGAUUAUGCUGACAAGUUCGAAAGGAUCAAGGAUGAAAGCGCGUUGAACUUCGGGACAAUUUGGAGUCGUGAUGUCGUGAAGGGUUAACCUUCCAGGCGGUGGGGGGGGGGGGCAAUUUUUUGCCCCCCCUUUAGUUUUUUCGAUAUAUCUCGAGAACCGCUGCGCCGAUCGUCACCAAACUUUCAGUACCCUCCCGGGAGCAGCUAGCGCACAUGGUGACCAAAAUUUUUUCCAAAGGCUAUGAUAGGUUGGCCGCUAAUGACGUCAGAGUGACGUCAUUUUUGCCAUUUUCGACCCAAAAAAAGGUUUCGCGGGAAGAGCUGUCAGGCCUACAGCUUUAGAGAUACAGAAAAAUGUUUCAGACAUAAAAGGUGUAAAAUUAAAAGGGCUACAAAACUGCUAUUUCGAUUUUUCGAAUUUUUUGGAUUUUGACCCCCAAAAAUCAAAAAUAGAUUUUUUGAAUAUAAUAGCCAAAAAAUCAAAAAAGCUUUUUGAAUUUCGAAAAAACCGGAAUAUAUGUGAUAGCCCCUACCGCCUUCUAUCUACAUACCAAAUUUGAGAUCGAUACCUCUUUUUUUGGCCAAGUUAUAGCGAAAAAACUGUUCAAAACUGAUGACGUCAAAUUUUCAAACUCAAUUUUUAGCAAUUCUAGACCUCGUAGAGCAAAACAAAGACCACCAUUAGACUCCCCGUGACGAGCUGCAUCGAAUCGAUACCCAUUUUAUGCAUAAAUAUCAACUUUAAAAUUUGACCUUUUUUGACCUGACCUUGACCUGACCUCCACCAGAAAGUGACCCAAACCGUACCUGAUGGUCUUAUAACCAACACCAUUGAGUUGGAAAUGAAAAACUGGCCAUAAAACAUGCAUCGCAUAACCUUAGUAAAGUUGGGCUCAUGUGGUGACCCUUGGUGACCUUUGGUGACCUGACCUGUGACCUGAUCUGGUAUGACCAGUGACCUCUAAUAGCAACAUAUGUACUAGACAACUGACGCCUUAUCGCUGAUUUUCGACAAAAUGCGUUUUACUCGGUGUUAUAGCGCUUUCCCUAGAAGCCCCGUGAACGGUGAAACAUUUUAUCUUUGACCUGACCUGUGACGUCAUCGGUGACCCCGAGGUCAAUGAAAUUUGGUUUCCCCCGACAAAUUUGACAGGGCUAUCGAACACCGUUUGAAUUUUCCGGAUCCGUCCAGUAGUUUCGGAGAUACGGGGGGGGGGCAAAAAAGUGCCCCCCCCCCACCGCGCGGAAGGUGGCUGGUAGGCCCACCGCCUGCCGGGUUAAAAUGUCUUUGUUGUUGCGGCAACAGCAUCGAUUUAUUGCUUAUUUUGGAGUGAGGGAUCCCCCGAACACAAGAUAAAAUCUGGCUGCAAGAGGUUACUGAGUGUCAUUAAAAUGCGUGAGAUGCAUCUUAAAAUCAACAAAAAUUCAAAAAGAUAAAGAAAGAAAGAAAAACAAGAAAGAGGAAACAAACGAAAAUGGCGUAGGCAAACUUCGAAACAAUUGAACACGAAACUAUGAAAUUGAAGUGCGAAAACGAUCGAACGAUAACGAAAACGAAACGAAAACGAUCGAAGGAAGCGAAAGAAAUUCGAACGAAGUGACGCCGAUUCAAGCGAUCGAGAAUCGCUUCAGAUGAAUUCUAUGUAUAAUUUGUGAGAUGAUCGCCAGUAUAAAUUAAGAGUUGAAAUGUG